AUGGCCGACAAUGGCGCAGAAAACACCCCCGUCACCCCUACCCCACCCCGCUUUCUCUCCCCUCCUGCCAUCACGGCACUGAAGCAGGAGGCCCGCGAAGCUAGCGCUGCGUGCGGCAGUAGUGGCGGCAGCAGCCCUUGCCCACACCCCAUGGAACGUACCAUUAGCCAGGACAUCCGUGAAGAACGCCAGGACCUUAAAGAAGCCGCUGAGCAGACGCUGAAUGUCAUUAUCGACCUCAAUUUGGAUGGACGCAUUAAGUGGGUUAGUCCGUCGUGGAAGGAAGUGGUUGGGACGAAUGUAGAGGAUGUUGAAGGCCGAUUGAUUUCUGAGCUGGUGCUGGAUAAUAAGACGGCGUUUGAUAGGGCGAUUGAGUCUAUGAAGAUUGAUGAUUCGAAGAGCCAUAUUGUGAGGUUUGCGGUGAAGACGGGGCCUGCGUCGUUUCUAAGGAGGGAGGUGGGAGAGGAGGAGCCAGUGGAGGUGAAGCAGGUGGCGGUGAAGGAGAAGUUGGAGGAGGGCAAAGUGGGUGAGGGGUUCGAACGGGAAGAACAGGAGGAAGUGGCACUAGAAGCAGAAGUGAAGGCGGAUGUUGAACGUGUUGAUACCAUUCAGGUUCAGGACAGAUUAGUCCAGCAUGAGAAGGAUGAGCGUGCCGCCGGACAGACCAGGGAAGAUAAGGACCAUAUUUUGAAUUUGGAGGGGCAGGGGAUUAUGGUUUUUGGUCGGUCUCCGAGCACGGAAAGCCAUACUAUGUGGAUGUUACGUCCAUCUACCCAGCCACGGGAAAUUACAAUCGACCUUCCCCCAGUACUUGUCGAGUCUCUAGGUGUUGGCGCAGAGGUGCUUGCAAAUUACCUGACGGCUCUAGCGGAAUCCGGAUCGCGAGAUCCCAACCACGUCCCUCUUCCGCCGCCAGUGCUAUGUCGAAUAUGCGAGCGCCAAAUUCCCCCAUGGUGGUUUGAGAAACACUCUGAGCUAUGUCUGCAAGAACACGGGGCUGAGAUGGAUGUCCAAAUGGCCCAGGACAAUUUAAAUGAACAUCGUCACGCCAUCGUCAAGAUUCUGGAUGCAUUAGAGGCUAGGAAAACCAGAUCAUCCUCUGGCGACUCGAACCUCUUUGCUGGCCCUCAAGCAGAGUAUAAGAAUUUGCCCAUUGGCCCUUCUCAGUUAUCCUCUGGCUUAACUUCAGGUACUUCUUCUUCCUCUGGAACUCCACCACGAUCCCGUGAUCCGUCGACAUCGGGAUUGGGACAUACCCGUACCCGCUCCUCUUUUGCUGUUCGACGACCCCUUGCGCGUAUUGUGGAAUUAAUUUUAGAUCUCUGUGACACUGCUCUGGAGAUCAACACGCCGGCCCUGAAAGAGGCACGAACUGAAGUUGGUGAAGAAAUUCGAACACAAUCUCCUCAAUCGGAAUCCAGAAUCUCGCAGGUCCUGCAGUGGCAGUCUCCCAGCAGCAAUACUCUCGAGCAAGAGCAAGGUCUGGCAGCACUGUCCGCCGAUACUGAGCGUUUUGCCCGCGCUAAGGUGGAUGCUGUGUUCCGUCACCGCCAGAUUGUGGAGUAUAGUGAGCGUAUUCGAGUUGAGUUUACUGUGCUCGUCCAAGAAUGCAUUUCCGCUGCUAUGAGUAAAGCAGAACGCAUUGCCGCUGGGGAAUUGAGCGACUCGUCCGGAUCAAGCUCGAGUAUCAAUGGAGAUUCGCAGGAGGAAUUGAGAGAUCUAUCCGUGUCUCACACACCAGAUCCACUUUCUAUUACAUCUAGUCAGCCAUUGCUAUUACCUUCCAGUUCUGGAAUCACUGCUGCGUUACGGGUGAGUUCGGAACCGUCACUAGUCUCUGCCUCUCCGGACAGGCCUCAGCCUUCAUCCGUCGCUGUCUCGACUCGCUCUAGCAGCCCAGUGGAAUGUCCCACACCCCGGUCCCACAAGAGUGUUGGCGGUUUGCUAAACCAUCCGCAAACUUCGAAGAGGGGCUCGUUGCUCGCUGAGAGUGAUGCUGGUGAUAGCGAUUGUAGUGUUCUUUCUUCUGUCGUUGCUGGAACACGACGUACCGAGUCCCCGUCUUCUGAACGAGGGGUUAGUCGUGCCGCAAGCUCAAAGGAUCGCAAACGUCAGAGUCUCAUAUUACCUGGCAUGUCGGUGUCUCCACGCAGAGAAUCGCCAGCGCGAAACCAACCACAUUCUCCUCUUCGAUUAUCUAAACCGCGAUUAUCCAUGGGCGAAAGCUUCCCGUCUCCCAUGACAUCUCCGCUGCUCAGUAACUCUGACCUUGGUUCGCAUCAGUACUAUCCACCACCAUCUUCUCAUCACCAUCACCAUCGCAGACUAUCGUCUGCCACUUCCCCGGAUCUAAACAAAACUCCCGUCUCACCUCAUCUUAGCUCCGUUAGUCAUCCGCCACCACCGCGGGCUGUUGCACCUUCAAUCAAAGAUUUUGAGAUCAUCAAGCCAAUUAGCAAAGGUGCCUUUGGCAGCGUUUACCUGUCGAAGAAGAAAUCGACGGGUGAGUAUUUUGCAAUCAAAGUCCUGAAGAAGGCCGACAUGGUUGUCAAGAAUCAAGUUACAAACGUCAAAGCUGAGAGGGCCAUCAUGAUGUGGCAGGGAGAGAGCGAUUUCGUCGCGAAGCUUUACUGGACCUUCUCGAGCAAAGAUUACUUGUAUCUAGUCAUGGAAUACCUUAAUGGCGGUGAUUGUGCUUCGCUGGUCAAAGUCCUAGGCGGCCUCUCGGAGGACUGGGCGAAGAAGUAUAUUGCAGAAGUGGUUCUCGGCAUCGAGCAUCUCCAUGAAAGAGGCAUUGUCCACCGUGACCUCAAACCGGAUAAUCUCCUCAUCGAUCAAAAGGGCCACUUGAAGUUGACAGAUUUUGGCCUCUCACGAAUGGGGCUUGUGGGCCGUCAGAAACGCAUUCUCAAGAACCCGAAUGAGUCUGCUCCUGAUUUGCUGAAGACGGGCCCGUUUACACGUGCCACAUCUUUGGCGUCUUCGCGGUCGGCGUCGUUUGAUUUCCCUGCAACUGCGUCGCCAAAUUCCACACCCUCAAUGACUCCUGAGGUUCCUAUGUUUGUUAAUCAGCCAUCCUAUUUUAGCCUCAAUAAAGAGCCCUCGUUCAAUCGGGAGACCUCAAGACGAACAUCGGGAUAUCGAAGUGAUAGCGGUGGCAGUGACACUUUGGCGGGGAUGUUUAGGGGCUUUUCGCUAUACGAAAGUGGUGAGACGUCAUAUCCGAUGUCGUUACAACAACAACAACCGCAAUUCCUCGUGCCGCAGCCGGGUCGUUCUAUCGAAGAGGAAACGCAGAGUGAAGGAAGCGAUUCUCCGUAUCUAUAUCCUCUACAGACGAGUACAAGCUGUCCAACGUCUUCAGUGACCGGUCAACAUGGUACUCCACCCCAGCAAUCCAUAAUACCCCCUCCCAUGGCCCUCUUUGAUCCAGAGGAUCACAAUCGACGUUUCGUGGGGACACCGGAUUAUCUCGCUCCGGAGACUAUUAACGGUGUUGGACAGGAUGAGAUGAGCGAUUGGUGGUCUCUUGGCUGUAUACUGUUUGAAUUUCUCUACGGAUACCCGCCCUUUAACGCCUCCACUCCUGACGAGGUCUUCGAGAAUAUCCUCAAUCGCAGAAUUAAUUGGCCUGAUGAGGCAGAUGAGCUAGUCACGCCGGAAGCAAAGGAUUUGAUGAAUGGAUUGAUGACGAUCAACCCUGCGCAGCGUCUGGGUUCAAACGCCUCUGAGAAAUAUCCGAACGGUGGUGCUGAAGUUCGUGCUCAUCCAUGGUUCGCAGAUAUUAACUGGGACACGCUGUUGGAGGAUGAGGCGCAAUUUGUUCCUGCCGUGGAGAAUCCCGAGGAUACAGAGUAUUUCGAUGCUCGGGGUGCCACGCUGCAAUCCUUUACAGAGGAAUUGGAGGACCAGUUGUCCCCUCCCCCAGCCACGGGGGCAGACUACCCUGAUCGACCGCAUGAUGCCCUAUACAAAGUUCGUACGCAAGUUAAUUCUUUAAAGCGUGGGUUAGUGCCGUUACAUAUCCCGCCGCAUGUGCGUGAUCCUCGGAGCAGACGUUUGAGUGAGCCUGUGCCUGCAGAUGAUUUUGGGAACUUCAAUUUCAAGAACCUCCCCAUACUAGAACGCGCAAACAAAGAUGUUAUUCAGAAGUUGCGCAUGGAGGCCAUGCAGGCUCAACAGAGACAAGUACCCAACAAUACACCCGCAUCUAGCUCUGGUCCAUCAUUGGAAGGUAGCCCGCUGCUACCAAUGCCGCUUCAGCGGACAUUAUCGCAGAACAAGGUUGCGAAUCGCCCUGCCUCGCCGUCUAGUCUUAGUCAAGCGAAUUCCUCUUCUCCUAGUCGACCUUCUCAACCUUCUUCGCCUCUCAUGGUACAGUUUAGUACAGGCCAAAACCACGAGAGGAGGAAAACGUCUGGUUCCUCCUCGACAUACUCCCAUCAGUCCAGCGGGUCCCUGCAACCUGGAAGCUUCCCUGAGCCUCCGAGAUUAGUAACGAAUUUCAAGAUGUCGAUGUCCGCAGCGUCUUCGCCUGUGAAAUAUGUCAAGCCACCAACGCCUUCCCCUGAAAAGUCGAAUCAACCGCGCCAGAGCAGCGCAUCGACUUCUCGAUCGAGAUCGCAAACUGUUGGUUCCCAGGAUAGCGAGGCGCCGCUGCCAAAGGAGCCCUUUGUUCCCGGGCAUCAUAAGCGGCGGAGCCAGCUAUUUGAUAUAUCGCCCUCAUCGUCUGAUAAUGAGGAUCCACGGACAAAGGCGAAGGCACUGCUCAAAGUGCAAAGAAGACGACAAAGCUCUCGACGUUUGUCGCAAAUCAACCUUGUUGAAGGCCCCUAUUUCCGUCCUCUGGAUGUCCUGAUUUGCGAAGAUCAUCCCGUUUCGAAACUUGUUAUGGAAAGGCUGUUUGAAAAGCUCCGCUGCCGGACAAUUACCGCCGUCAAUGGAUCGGAAGCCAUGCGCUACGCACUAAGCGAAGUCCAAUUCGAUAUCAUUAUGAUGGAAUUCAGGCUUCCACAACUUAACGGCGCGGACGUGGCGCGUAUGAUCCGUGAUACCAAAAGCGUCAAUACACAUACCCCCAUCAUCUGCUGUACAGGCUACCUUAAAGACCUCCCAGAAACCCACCAUUUCGAUGCACUCAUCGAAAAGCCCCCGACCCUCUCUAAACUCACGGAAGCCUUAUGCAAAUUCUGCCAGUGGAAGCCCCCUCCGAAGGAUCAUCCGCUCAGCUCUCAUAAUCCAAUCCUGUCAACCGGAGUCACUCGUCAGCCGUCGUCAUCGAUGCAGACAGAAGACAGUCCCAGCUCCACAUCCUCUGGUUUUCUCGCCAUGCCCACAGGCUCCUACCGCGGCUCUAGCCGCGAAGAUUCUAUUAGCAGCAGCUACUUUGGCGACGCUGAGUUCGUCAGGCCUGACGAAUUACCGGUCGGCAUCAGUCGUCAGGCUGCGGAUGGCUGGGGCAAUUCCCAAGGGAGUGCCGGCGGCCUGGGUAUCUCCGACGAACCGGUAAUUCCAAGGACAGAACCCAUCAUUAUGUCCUCCCCACCCCCCAUCCCUACUACCCUCUAUGCCACAUCCGCACCGUCGACGACCAUGACGGGGGCUGCAGGCAUGAGCGUGCGCACCCCGCGUAACUACCCUUUUGUCGAGGAAGUUCACGCAAAGCGGGAUUCGCAAGAGCGAAGGAGGAGGUAUGAGGGCGAUGAGUCUGGGGAUGAUGAAGAUGAGGAGCUUGGUUUUAAUUCUCAGAAUCGAAUGAGGAGUCCGCAGUGUGCUCGCGGGAAGAGCAAGCGAUCUGGAUCUAAAUUGGGGACGGAAAUGAUGCGGACAAACAGUCGCGGAAGCGUUGUUAGCGAUGCUGGAGAGGCUUUGGGUGCUGACCGUGUUGGUGAGGAUGCCGAUGUAAUUACGAUUAAUUCCUCUGAGGGCGGUACUGGGAAGCUACCCACCACGAUACGAACACCGUCGUCGUUGGUUGGAGUUCUUGGGUCAAGUAUUGACAUUAUGGAAGAAGGUCUGGGAAGUCUACGAAUUGCGGAAGAGAGGUUGGAAACGUUGCCCGAAGAUAGGGAUCAGGAGGUGUCAUGUGUUUCAGCUGAUCCUUUCGUAACCACGAGCCCAGCCCGCGCUAUUUUUCAGUCACCUGAACCAAUACGAUCGUCCGACGUGGAAGCUGGGAGGGCAUAUAUUAAAGCAGAGAAAUCAUCUUCUGUUCAGAGAUACCAGGCAGCGGAACCCAAUUCUCAACCCCAACAAUCAGACCCUGGAACUACAGCACAUGGUUUCGCAGUUACGGAUACCACACCUCCCCUGGCCUCCAUGUUCCCUCACACUAUUUCUUCUUCGACAACCAUGGCCACCACACCACCCAACACCACCAUCAAACAGCAACAACAUCCUGAUGCUAAUCUUACCACUCAUCCCCACGACAAAGACACUACACCCCGUCCCCAGACUGCCGUAGCGGCUAGUGGAUUUAACCCCAGUAAGGUUCGUAGCACACCGUCGCCAGACACAUAUGGAGCUGGAUCUGGUGCAGUGAGCGGCACGAGCGAUCACCAUGAAGCCGAGGGCGAAUCAGAGGUUACGCCACGUGCAUCUGAGCGGGAUAGGAGCCGCGAGAAGAGUAGGGAGAGGAGGCUGUUGGGUUUGGAUUGGAUACGGCGGACCUGA